AUGGGUUUUCAGGGGUUUGUACCUUUCGGUCUUUGGAAUUGGUUGCUAUUGCUAGUGGCCCUCAAGUGUUCUGAAGCAUCUUCUGAUGUGAAUGAAUUCACAAAUUCCACUGCCCAGCGUGAACCUAAUGUUCAGUUUGCUGCUGCCAGCUCAGAGCCAGAUGAGAAGAUAGCUGUUUUUGCACUGGAUUAUGACUACGUGCAAAUUCCUUAUGAGGUCACCCUCUGGAUACUUCUAGCAUCCCUUGCAAAAAUAGGCUUCCAUCUUUACCACAGAUUGCCAGGCCUCAUGCCGGAAAGCUGCCUCCUUAUCACCGUUGGGGCUCUGGUGGGUGCCAUCAUCUUUGGCACCGACCACAAAUCACCUCCGGUCAUGGAUUCGAGCAUCUACUUCUUAUAUCUCCUUCCACCCAUUGUCCUGGAGGGCGGUUACUUUAUGCCCACCCGGCCCUUCUUUGAGAACAUCGGCUCCAUCCUGUGGUGGGCAUGUCUGGGGGCCCUGAUCAACGCCUUUGGCAUUGGCCUCUCCCUCUACCUCAUCUGCCAGAUCAAGGCCUUUGGCCUCAGCGACGUCAACCUGCUUCAGAACCUGCUGUUUGGCAGCCUGAUCUCAGCCGUGGACCCGGUGGCUGUGCUGGCUGUGUUCGAGGAGGCGCGUGUGAACGAGCCGCUCUAUAUGAUGAUCUUUGGGGAGGCCCUUCUCAAUGAUGGCAUUACUGUGGUCUUAUAUAACAUAUUAAUUGCCUUCACAAAGAUGCAUAAAUUUGAAGCCAUAGAACCUGUUGACAUUUUAGCUGGAUGUGCCCGAUUCGUUAUUGUGGGGGUCGGGGGAGUAUUUUUCGGCAUCAUUUUUGGAUUCAUUUCUGCAUUUAUCACACGUUUCACUCAGAAUAUCUCUGCAAUUGAACCACUCAUCGUCUUCAUGUUCAGCUAUUUGUCUUACUUGGCUGCUGAGACCCUCUAUCUCUCUGGCAUCCUGGCAAUCACAGCCUGCGCCGUGACAAUGAAAAAGUACGUAGAAGAAAACGUGUCCCAGACAUCCUACACGACCAUCAAGUAUUUCAUGAAGAUGCUGAGCAGUGUCAGCGAGACCCUGAUCUUCAUCUUCAUGGGCGUGUCCACCGUUGGGAAGAACCACGAGUGGAACUGGGCCUUCAUCUGCUUCACGCUGGCCUUCUGCCAGAUCUGGAGAGCCAUCAGCGUGUUUGCUCUCUUCUAUGUCAGUAACCAGUUUCGGACUUACCCCUUCUCCGUCAAGGACCAGUGCGUAAUUUUCUACAGCGGUGUUCGAGGAGCCGGAAGUUUUUCACUCGCAUUUUUGCUUCCUCUGUCUCUUUUUCCUAGGAAGAAAAUGUUUGUCACUGCUACUCUAGUAGUUACAUAUUUUACUGUAUUUAUUCAGGGAAUCACAAUUGGCCCUCUGGUCAGGUACCUGGAUGUUAAAAAGACCAAUAAAAAAGAAUCCAUCAAUGAAGAGCUUCAUAUCCGUCUGAUGGAUCACUUGAAGGCUGGAAUUGAAGAUGUGUGUGGGCAAUGGAGCCACUACCAAGUGAGAGACAAGUUUAAGAAGUUUGAUCAUAGAUAUUUACGGAAAAUACUAAUCCGAAAGAACCUGCCAAAAUCAAGCAUUGUUUCUUUAUACAAGAAGCUGGAAAUGAAACAAGCAAUUGAGAUGGUAGAGACUGGGAUGCUGAGUUCUACAGCCUUUUCCGUACCUCAUCAGGCCCAGAGGAUACAAGGAACCAAAAGGCUUUCCCCUGAAGAUGUGGAGUCCAUGAGGGACCUUCUGACACACAACAUGUACCAAGUUCGACAAAGGACCCCAUCCUACAACAAAUACAGCCUCAAACCCCAAACAAGUGAGAAACAGGCUAAAGAGAUUCUGAUCCGCCGCCAGAACACCUUAAGGGAGAGUAUGAGGAAAGGUCACAGCCUGCCGUGGGGAAAGCCGGCUGGGACCAAAAACAUCCGCUAUCUCUCCUUUCCCUAUGGCGAUCCUCAGCCAGCCAGAAGAGACAGGAGGGCUGCUGAGUUCACAGACAAUGACAGCAGUGAUUCAGAAUUCCCAUCCAUCACGUUCAACGUACACUCUCGAACAGGGUUGCUUCAAGACAGACACCUGACACAAGAAAUAAUCCCGAUGAAGAGCUUACACAGAGGAAGGAGGCCAUCUGACUUCAGUUAUCAAAGACAGAGAAGCCAAGAAGAGCAUGUUGGUGGAGGCAGAAGGGCAGCUGUAAAGCCCAAACCACUGUUUCACGUAGUCGAUGAGGAGUAUGAAUCUGAAGAGGAGAGUGAGGAAGAUGUCUCAGUGAUUGGGUCCAGUCAGUCACCUGAGCACAGACCUAGCAGGGAACACUACAAGUCCCACAGCCCUUUGCUUCGAAGAAAAUAGUUUUAUUGUCUGCAGGAACGUUUCUGUGUUUUUCAGGAGCCUGUCUUCCUUUUAUUGUGAAAGAAGGAUUUUCCAAGUUCUGAAGAAAGCUAUUGAGUUGACUUUUUUGGAAGAUAUCAGACAUGCAUCUAUACGAGGCAGGGAGAUUUUUCAGAGGCCUGAGAGCAGCUUGUAGGCUCUGCCACAUUCGUAGCUGGUGUACUUUGUAGAUGAAUUCCCUGUGAGUGAUAGAUAUUAAUCCCCCCCAAAAUUCUUCACUAAGAAUUCCUAAGAGUGUGUGAUCCAUGUAACUUAUUGAGAUACAAACGUGAUUUGUCAGUAAUUCACCUUCAGCAUACGCCUGUGCACCCUAUAAUCAAGUUAGAACUAGGAGGGGCCUUAGAAAUGGCCUGGCCCAACCCCCUGUGUUUACAGAUAAAGACACUUAGCCCAAGGUCAUGUGGGGAGUUGCUGGCUUCACAAGCUGACUGUCCUCCCUUCCAAGUGAAUGCAUUCGAUUUCAAUUUUGAUAUGAUAUAAUAAUUAUAUUUCUGAAGAGAGGCAAAAUUUGUCAUAACAUUGCUAUAUUUAAUCAGUAGCAAUAAUAGACAGAUGUGAUACAGACUAUAGGAUUAAUCUGUUCACAGAUUAAUCUAGUGGAUUAAUCAGUGGUCUAUUUUUAUAGUUGGAAUAUUUAUUUUAAAAACAAAUAUUAGAAACAAAACAGCCAUAAACAGGCUUUACUAGCAAUGACACAAACAUCAGGUAUUUAUGAGCUGUGCAUUGUAGGGUAUGAUAGUUUGCUCUAGGGUUUCUUUUCUAGACUAUAACAAAGUUUAUUAUUUUUAGAGCAUUAUCUAGUCAUUUUUUUAACCGACGUACAGUUGACAUACAAUAUCAUGUUAGUUUCAGGUGUACAUCAUAGUGAUUCAACAUUUAUACACAUUACAAAAUACUCACUACAAUAAGUCUCGUUACCAUCUGUCACCAUACAAAGUUAUUGCAAUAUUAUUGACUAUAUUCCCUGUGCUGUACAUUACAUCCCUAUGACUUAUUUAUUUUAUAACUGGAAUUUUGUAUCUCUUAGUCUACCUUACCCAUUUCACCCAACUCCUCACCCUCUCCCUUCUGGCAACCACCAGUUUGUUCUCUGUAUCUAAGGCUUGAAACAUUUUCCAAUUUAAUUUUCCAUCCUCAUCAUCCCCAAACAUGACGUUGAACCUCACACUCCAGCUCAUCAACUUUGCUAGAUGACUUUAUCUUUCCUCCCUCCCUCCCCGCUCUUCCUCUUCUCUCUCUUCUGGCCACCUAUAGAUUAACAAAUAUUUAUGAAGUGCUAUUUAUUAUGCCAAGUGGCUAAUCUAUAAUAAUCAAUUAACCAUAAUAUUCUUUAUCAUUGCUGUUUCUCAUAUCUCUUACCAUCCCAAACUGAUUUAAUCCUAUGCGUCUUUAAAGGCCAUGAUCCAAUGCACCCUGCCUCUAGGCCCGCUGUGAUCCCGUGAAUCAGAAGGGAUUAAGUGAUUGCCCUCCUCCUUGGUGCCCCCACAGCACCUUGGACGUGUCACGAAACUUCUCUGGGGUUACACUUAUAUACGGGCAUUUGCAUCUGAUGGUCCAUGGUCUGAAGGACAGGGAGGAUAGUUUGUUUAUUUUAAAUUUUAUCCAUUCAUCAGCUGUGUCUUUUAUCUCUUGGCUUUACCUUUUUUCUAUGUUUUUUUUUUUAGCUUUUAUCGACUUUUUCUCUUUGUUAUUGUAGUGCCUUGAACCUGGUAGAUUAUUUAUAAAUGUUGAAAUGACAAUGACAAUUUAGAGCUGGAAAGGACAUUAGAGAGGAUGUUGUCAGACAUUCUUAUUUUCCAGGUGACAAAAACAAGGUCUUGAGAAGCUGCCUGAUGCCAGUUCAAGGUCUGCUUUCCCUUGAAGGACGUGGGCUUGCCCCCUAGUGUAACCCAUGGAAACCAGCGACUGUCAAAUAAUGUGUGACUUUCCCCGGAUUUGUAUUUUGUGAACAGCAUUCACUCAGGUUCCCGCUGCAGUGGUAGAAAUGGCAAUCAAAAGAGCCCACUUGUCUCUCUUCUUCUGAAUCUGAAAUAGAAGACUGCUUCUUCUAAGUUGUCUAAAUAUUUUGACUUUAAUAAAAAUUAUACACAACCAAAUAAUAGUAAUCAGCCCAAAGGGAUAGAAACACGUAUAAAAGUCAAGGAUCUCUGGGUUUUUCUUUUUGUUUAAACUAAUCGACAGUCCAAGCAACAGAAAAAAUUUGAUGCCCCAUGAGAGGGAGUCAGUGAGUCACGAUUCUUAAACGGCAGAUGGAGACACAGAGACAGAGAGGGGUUGUCAGAAAUCACCUUUCCAAAGCCAUAU